UUAUAUUGGUUGCAGAGUCUUUAAAAGUGAUGUUUUCCAUCCUGCUGUUUUUCGGUUUCUGCCUGCUGCCCUGCUGCCUCUCUCAUCAGUACCACUUUGUAAAGGAACCUAGAAGCUGGGCUGAGGCUCAGAGCUUCUGCAGACACACAUAUACAGACCUGGCCACUGUAAGCAACAUGCAAAACGAGAGCAGGAUUCUGGAGUCUGUCCGCGGCACCUAUAAGAGCUCUGCUUGGAUCGGACUGUAUGAUGACCCAAACAGCUCCUGGAAAUGGUCUCUGGAUGAUGCUCAGGGCUUCAGACCAGGAGAAAAAGACUUCAGGAACUGGCUCACAACACAAGCAGGCGUGUUUAGGAAGGAGUCUGUUUGUGUGCUAUCAGAUGUUGGCAUAUGGUAUCUUCAACCCUGUGAAACGCUGCUCUCAUUUGUCUGCUUUGAUGGAAGAAAAAAUGCCACCAACAAUUUGGUUCUGAUACACGACAGCAAAAACUGGACUGAUGCCCAGCGCUACUGCAGGAAGCAUCACACGGACCUGGCCAGCAUCAGGAACCGCCAAGAGAACUGCAGGAUUGCAGACAUAGUGACGACUAAUUUUGCCUGGAUCGGGUUGUACAGGACUAGACUCUGGUCGGACCAGAGCAACUCGUCUUUUAGGUUCUGGAAAUCAGAAGAUCCGUACGUGAGCUUAGAGAGUUUGGGUCCAUCCUGCACCUCUGUGUCUUUUGGAGACUCGGGAAGAUGGAGUGAGGAGAACUGCAACAUCACACUCCCCUUCAUCUGCCACAUAGGUCCUGCUGGUUCCCUUCGUCAAUACUGCUUUGUAAACGAACCCAAACGCUGGGCUGAGGCUCAGAGCUACUGCAGAUCUAACCACACUGACCUGGCCACUGUAGACAACAUGAACGACAUGAGGAAGCUGCUGGAGUCCGCCAAAGGCACUUACAGUGGCUCCGCAUGGAUCGGACUCUACGAUGAUCCAGGGCACAGUUGGAGAUGGUCUCUGGAUGACCCUCAGUUCUAUAAAGAGGGAGAGAGAGAGUUCAGGAGAUGGAAUGGGCAUCCUCUUAAUGAAUGUGGAAUUGUCUGUGCACUGAUGCUACUUAACACUCAUCCACUUUAUGAGGGGAAAUGGAUCGAGAAGUCCUGCGCUGAAGAACAUCAGUUCAUUUGCUACAAAGAAAGCAAUGACUCUACCAGGACUUACGUUCCGAUAGCUGAUCCGAAAAACUGGAUGGAUGCUCAGAAGUACUGCAGGGAGCACUAUGUCGACCUGGCCAGCGUAAGGAACCAAGAGCAGAACCUUGAGAUUUUCAGGAAGACAUCUGAAAUCACUGCAAUACAAUUUGUGGAUGGGGUUUGGGGAGUUUGGAUUGGACUGCACAGGACCAGAACUUGGUCAGAUAACAGUAACUCAUCCUUCACUUACUGGAAGCAGGGGGAGCCGGAUGACGGUAAGAACUCUGUGAAUGACUACCUGGAUCAGCACUGUACUGCAGUGUCCUUCAGCCAAUCUGGACAGUGGACAGACGAGAACUGUUUGACGGCUCUACCUUUCUUCUGCUACAGCUUGAAUUCCACAGCUGAGCCUCUGCCUACCCCAGCUAAUGUAUCUAACUCAGCGGGUACUGCAUUGAAUUCUACUGUUAAUCCAUCAACCACUUCACAUAUGAAAACUAAACCAACAGUGAAUACCACAGUCACAAUGUCCACAAUGUCAUAUAGUGACUCUAAACCAACAGGGAUGCCCAGUUCCACAGUGAAUUACACAACUACGGCCUCACCCAAACCAUCUACUGAACCCAACCCAGCAGUGAAUACCACAGUCACGGUGUCAACGAUAUCAUAUAAUGGAUCAAAAACAACAGGGAUGCCCAGUUUCACAGUGAAUUACACAACUGUGCCCUUGCCAAAACUAUCUACUGAACCCAACCCAGCAGCAAAUUCCACAGUUCGGCCCUCAUCCACCCCAGCUAAUGUAUCUAAACCAGCAGACAAUUUAACAGUUAUACCAUCACCCACUCCAGCUAAUGAAUCUAAACCAGCAGUGAAUUCCACAGUUGGACCCUUACCCACUCCAGCUACUGAAUCUAAACCAGCAGAAAAUUUCACAGUUGGACCAUCACCCACCCCAGCUAAUAAAUCUCAGCCAACAGAGAUUUCCACAGUUAGACCCUCACCCACCCCAGCUAAUGUAUCUAAACCAACAGAGAAUUCCACAAUAGGACCAUCACCCACCCCAGCUAAUGUAUCUCAACCAGCAGAGAAUUCUACAGUUAGACCGUCACCCACUACAGUUACUGAACCUAAACCAACAGUGAAUUCUACAAUAGGACCAUCACCCACCCCAGCUAAUGAAUCUAAACCAGCAGAGAAUUCCACAGUUGGACCCUCGUCCACUCCAGCUAAUGAAUCUAAACCAGCAGAGAAUUCCACAGUUGGACCCUCACCCACCCCAGCUAAUGUAUCUCAACCAACAGAGAAUUCUACAGUUAGACCGUCACCCACUACAGUUACAGAACCCAAACCAACAGAGAAUUCCACAAUUGGACCAUCGCUCACCCCAGCUAAUGAAUCUAAAUCAGCAGAGAAUUCCACAGUUCCCACCCCAGCUAAUGAAUCUAAACCAGCAGAGAAUUCCACAGCUGGAUCCUCACUCAGCCCAGCUAAUGAAUCUAAACCAUCAGAUAAUUCCACAGUUGGACCCUCACCCACCCCAAUUACUGAAUCUAAACCAACAGAGAAUUCCACAGUUAGACCAUCACCCACCCCAGCUACUGUAUCUAAACCAGCAGAAAAUUCCACAAUUGGACCAUCACUCAUCCCCGCUAAUGUAUCUAAACCAGCAGAUAAUUCCACAGUUGGACCCUCAUCCAUCCCAACUAAUGAGUCUAAACCAACAGAGAAUUCCACAGUUAGACCAUCACCCACCCCAGCUAAUGAAUCUAAACCAGCAGAGAAUUGGAACACAAUUGGACCCUCAUCCAUCCCAGCUAAUGAGUCUACAACAGUAGCACACAAUUCCACAAUUGGACCAUCACCCACCUCAGCUAAUGCCUCUAAACUAACAGAGAAUUCCACAUAUGGACCUUCACCCACCCCAGCUAAUGAAUCUAAACCAGCAGAGAAUUCCACAUCUGGACCCUCACUCCCCCCAGCUAAUGUAUCUAAGCCAGCAGAGAAUUUCACAAUUGGACCUUUACCCACUCCAGCUAAUGAAUCUAAAGCAGCAGUGAAUUCCACAGUAGGACAAUCACCCACCCCAGCUAAUGAACCUAAAGCAGCAGAGAAUUCCACAGUUGGACCCUCAAUCACCCCAGCUAAUGAAUUUAAACCAGAGAAUUCCACAGUUAGACCAUCAACCACUCCAGCUAAUGAAUCUAAACCAGCAGAAAAUUCCACAGUUGCCCCCUCACCCACCCCAGCUAAUGAAUCUAAACCAGAGAAUUCAACAGUUAGACCAUCAACCACUCCAGCUAAUGAAUCUAAACCAGCAGGGAAUUCCACAGUUGAACCUUCACCCACCCCAGUUACUGAAUCUAAACCAGCAGAGAAUUCCACAAUAGGACCCUCACCCACCCCAGCUAAUGAAUCUAAACCAGCAGAGAAUUUCACAGUUAAACCUUCACCCACCCCAGUUACUGAAUCUAAACCAGCAGAAAAUUCCACAGUUGUUCCCUCUCCCACCCCAGCUAAUGAAUCUAAACCAGCAGAGAAUUCCACAGUUGGAGCCUCAUCCAUCCCAGCUAAUGAGUCUACAACAGUAGAGAAUUCCAGAGUUGGACCCUCAGCCACCCCAGCUAAUGAUUCUAAUUCAGUAGAGAAUUCCACAGCUGAUCCCUUACCCAUCCCAGCUAAUAACUCUAAUCCAUCAGAUAAUUCCACAGUUGGACCCUCAGCCACCCCAGCUAAUAAUUCUAAUUUAAUAGAGAAUUACACAGUUGAUCCUUUACCCAUCCCAGUCAAUCAUUCUCAACCAUCAGAGAAUUCCACAGUUGAUCCUUUACGCAUCCCAGCUAAUUAUUCUCAACCAUCAGAGAAUUCCACAGUUGGACCCUCAGCCACCCCAGCUAAUAAUUCUAAUUUAAUAGAGAAUUACACAGUUGAUCCUUUACCCAUCCCAGUCAAUCAUUCUCAACCAUCAGAGAAUUCCACAAUUGGACUCUCAGCCACCCCAGCUAAUGCUUCUAAUUCAAUAGAGAAUUCCACAGCUGGACCCUUGCCCACCCCAGCUGAUGAACUUAAACCAGCAGUUUAUCCAACUGUUGAAUCCUCAUCCACUCCAGAUUCCUCAACUAAACCAGCAGCCAAAGAGGACGCAGACUCAGGCCUGAUUGGACUUAGAGCAAAAGUGACUAUGAAAGGAGAAUUAUCUGAGUCUGAAAUUGAGAAGUUGGUAUUAUUAAAGCUUGAGGAGGAAAUCCUUGGACUUGGCUUUCCUCACAACUUCAGAGUGCGCGUGAGGAUCACUCGUAAGAUUACCCCGUGAUUGAUUUUCGAUUUUUGGAUUUGUUGAAAUCGCCAUAAAUGAGGUGGAAACCUGUUUUGUUGGAAGCAGAUUGUUCUUGAAAACUGAUUGCAGCUUCUCCUCAGCCUACUGUUUAUAGAGCUGCCUACUGGGAGACUGACUGCUUUGCCAGUCUCAACAAUCAUCAAAUAGAGUCUUAUAGGAACACUAAAGGGCUUUUCAGCUUAACUUGUAUCUGCAGCAUCUGUAGUGUAUGAUUACUUAUGACUGACAUACUUUUUUGACAGAAAGGCUUUGUUUGAUCACAACAUACUGUAGAAACUGUUUGAAAAUCAGAAUUAAAAUAAGCCGGGCUUAUUUUACUGUGCAAUUUGGGUGUUGGAAAGUCUGGCAGAUAUGUGAAUGAUUACUGGUGUGAACUAGUUGGACACUACAGGCCCUAUUUUAGUGAUCUAUAGGCGAGCCGUCAACCACGCACUUGGUUUAAGGCUUGUCAGUGUGUCUUUGCUAUCUUAACGACAGGAAAAGUACACCUUGUGAGGCUUUAAACAAACAAAAGACAUGUAAUAAUUCUCUUUAUUAAUAGAUGCGC